AUGGAAGAAAACGAGGAAUGGGCUGAGUCAGGUGGGCCAUUGCCAAAUGGGCUUGUGCCAGGGUCAGGGUCAGUGUUGGAGGAAUUUGAUUCCGAACGUUGGUCGAGAGCAGAGGAUAGGAUUGCAGAGCUCAUUGCUUGCAUUCAGCCCAACCACGUAUCGGAAGAGCAUAGAAAUGCUGUUGCAGAAUAUGUACAGCGGCUCAUUAUGAAGUGCUUCCCAUGCCAGGUCUGCACCUUUGGUUCUGUACCAUUGAAGACUUACCUUCCUGAUGGUGACAUUGAUUUGACGGUUUUCAGUCAUGAUCAGAAUUUGAAAGACUCCUGGGCCAAUCAGGUCAGAGAUAUGCUACACAAUGAGGAAAAGAAUGAGAAUGCCGAAUUUCGUGUGAAGGAGGUUCAAUAUAUCCAAGCAGAAGUGAAAAUAAUUAAAUGUCUUGUGGAAAAUAUUGUGGUGGAUAUAUCUUUUAAUCAAGUUGGCGGGCUGUGUACUCUAUGUUUCCUUGACGAGGUGGAUCACUUAAUAAAUCAGAAUCACUUGUUCAAGCGUAGUAUUAUCUUGAUCAAAGCUUGGUGCUAUUAUGAAAGUCGAGUAUUGGGUGCUCAUCAUGGACUCAUAUCUACCUAUGCCUUGGAGGCCUUAGUUCUUUACAUCUUUCAUGUGUUCAACAAUUCCUUUCAUGGACCCCUUGAGGUUCUUUAUCGUUUUCUGGAGUUCUUCAGCACUUUUGACUGGGAAAACUUUUGUGUCAGCUUAUGGGGACCUGUGCCCAUUAGUUCCCUACCCAAUGUGACUGCGGAACCUCCUCGAAAGGACAGUGGAGAAUUGCUACUUAGCAAGUUGUUUCUUGAUGCUUGUAGCUCUGUGUAUGCUGUUUUCCCAGGUGGCCAAGAAAAUAAUGGACAACAAUUUGUUUCAAAGCAUUUUAAUGUGAUUGAUCCAUUAUGUGUGAACAACAAUCUUGGGCGUAGUGUUAGUAAAGGUAAUUUUUUCAGGAUCAGAAGUGCAUUUGCUUUUGGAGCAAAAAGACUUGCCAGAUUGCUCGACUGCCCAGAAGAAAACUUAUCUUUCGAAGUUAAUCAGUUCUUUACGAAUACAUGGGAUAGACAUGGCAGUGGUCACAGGCCCGAUGCACCUGGAAUAGACUCUUUUCAUGAAUUCAGUAAUUCUGGUAAUAUUUCAAGCAAAAACAAUGUAAAUCAGAACAAAACUUCUUCCCUCUACAAUACAGAGGAUAGGGGCACUCACGGUGUUCCUUCUCAACACGGAAAAACCUCUGCCUCUCGCAUGAAAAAUCUGAAAAGUCAAACCUUAAACAGCUCUCGUGUCUCCAAUCAAAUCCAAACGGACAAUACUUUUGAUUGGGUGAUGGUCAAUGACGAGACUCAGGAAGUUCCUGAGGCUAAUCGAGGGGCGAAUGAUAUUUAUGGCCGGUUUCUCGCUCGUACGUCUUCUAGCCCUGAACUUACCGUUGCGUACGGUGACUUACCUUCCCAAACACGGCACAACAUAAAAUCAGAGACCAUAAACACUCAAGUGUCAUCCAAACAGAGUCUCGAUUCAGGUGAGGAGUCACAGUCUACCGCUGGUGCAAUGUACCAGGAAGAGCAAGAUAUUGUGAACAUGAUGACAUCCGCCUCACUUCAAGAUCUAAACGGGCAAUUUCAUGUUCCGUUCAAUUUAAACUCAGGUCACUUGCCUUUCUCUAUCCCACCGUCCUUCCUUGCCUCAAUAGGAUAUGCUCAACGGAACCUUCCGGGAUUUUUCCCGGCGAAUAAUAUUCCGCUGAUGGACCCAUCAUUGUCAAAUUUGCAAUUUCCUUCUAAUUUACUAUCACCUCAUUAUUUUCCCGGUGUUGGGCUGACUUCAAAUUCAGAAACUUCUGUCGAGAACGGCAAUGAUAAUUUUGGCUCUGUGGAGGCCAUGAACUCCGAGGACGUAGAUAGUGAUUAUUUCUGGAACGAGCAAAAUGUUGGACCCGAGAAUGGAAAACCCGAAACUCGUGUUUCUGAUGAUAAACGACCAGUUUCUGUUUCUGGUUUGAAAUAUAUUCCCCCUCAUCGAUUGAAUAGCUCUGAUAGUGUUAGCCGGGUUCCUCAGAAACAUCAGAGGGAAAAACAUAGCCCGGCCACGCAAAAUAGCGAGAUCCAUUCGAACCAGGAUGAUAGAAACAGCGAGAUUUAUGCAGCAGAAAGAUCGGUAAGUUCAAAGUUCACUUCGGCAACUCAUAACAACUCUUUGAGGAGAAGGGCCUCCUCAGAAAACUCCGGGGAUGAAUCAUCAGCUAAAACGCCUAAAUCUAUGAAAGAAAAACGUGGAAAGAAAAUAUUAUCAUCGGCUGAAUUAGCUUCUGGCCAAACCGGCAUCGAGAAUGAGGAUGCUGUGGCAUUGGAAAGAAAUUCUUGGAAUGUAUCCUCAGGCUUUGAAGUUGCUCAAGCAAGUGGAUCCGACUCAAUGAUGCCUUUUGCCCCGAUGCUCAUUGGUCCCGGUGGCUCAAGACAGAGAAUGAAUGAUAAUUCUGGGAUGGUUGCAUUCUAUCCUACUGGGCCUCCAAUACCAUUUCUAACAAUGCUGCCGGUGUACAAUAUUCCACCCGAGGCGGGUACUUCUGAUUCAUCGAGUGGCCAUUUUAGAGCUGAUGAAGCCUUGGAGAACAGUGGCUCUCGUCACGACUUUAGUCCCGAAGGAUAUGAUCACUUGGAGAAUUCCUUGAGAGGGACAGCCUGCGCUGAGUCAUCAGAAAAGAAAAAACCUGAUAUUCUUAGUAGUGACUUUGCCAGCCAUUGGCAAAAUUUACAGUUUGGGAGAUUCUGUCAGAACUCACGGCACAAUGGGGGGCAGUUAGUCUAUCCUUCGCCUUUCAUGGUCCUACCUGCUUAUUUACAGGGUGACCGGUUCCCAUACGAUAUUCCUGGUAGACCUUUUUCUACCAAUACAAACCUUUUCUCUCAGCUUAUGACGAGUCACGGUCCACGUUUGGUACCUGUGGCUCCCCCCCAAUCAGUUUCAAGUAGACCUAUUUUUUAUCAAAAUUACGUGGAUGGCAUGCCGAGAUAUCGAAGCGGGACAGGGACUUACCUGCCUAAUCCUAAGAUUCCCAACAGGGAGCGACACUCUUCUGGUACAAGAAGAGGAAAUUAUAAUAACUAUGAUAGAAAUGAUGACUAUGGUGACAAAGAGGGAAACUGGAACUCGAAUCCAAAAUCACGAAGUUCCGUACGAAAUCAUGGCCGCAACCAAACUGAUAAGUCAAAUGCUCGAACUGACCGCUUGACUUCUGCUGAGAAUCUAGCUGACCGUUCAUGGAACUCAUAUAGGCACGAAACUCUCCCUUAUCAAUCACAGAAUGGUCAAUCGAGCUCAAGCUUUAGUCAAAAUGGUCCCCAAACAGUGCCAUACAACAUGUAUCCUUUAUCAGCUACAAAUCCCAACGGAGUUUCUAAUGGGCCCUCUGCCCCACCUUUCAUGAUGCUAUAUCCGUUCGACCAUAAUAAUGCUGUGUACGGUUCACCACACGGUGAGCAGCUCGAGUCUGGUUCUGUGGGCCACGUGGACUUGCCGGGUAUAGAUGAGCAAUUACAGCUGAAUGAGGGGACUCGAGCCAGGUUAUUUCAGGAUCACAGGCUUCAUGAUGGCUCUGACCACUAUUCUUCUCCAGAUCAGCCAGCUUCGCCACAUCAUUAG